UUUCAUUUCAGUCUCUCACAUUUUUCUUCCCCCACAUAAAAGGAACUAACAAGCUUCAAAUAAAUGAACAAAUAAAUAAAUCCACGAGAUCACCAGAUCUAGUAGCUUUUUUUAUUUUAUUUUUUUAUUUCUUAUCUUUAUUGAUACUUAAAGGAUGCAUUUUACAACAAUACUUCUACUUUUCUAGAGGUGUAUUCAUCAAAAUGUGUAACUGAAACUGGGUUACGUUCUUUUUUAUUAAUUUAUUUUUCGGGGCUAGUAAUAAAGAUUGUAUCUUUAUAGUUAAUAUUAAUUUUUGGAGAUUGUUAGUUGAUCAAAAUAUGUAGAUUGAAACUGGGUUAGGUUCUUUUAAUUGUUUUUGGGUUUUAUUUAUUUGGGCUGGUAAUAAUUUGAUCUACAGAUAAUUCUGCUUUUCUUUUUUCUUUUUUCUUUUUUCUUUUUUCUUUUUUCUUUUUUCUUUUUUUGAUUGUUAGUUGAUCAAAUUAUGUAGAUUGAAACUGGGUUAUGUUCUUUUAAUUAUUAUUUUUUUGGUUUUAUUUAUCUGGCUGGUAUUAAAGAUACAAUCUUUAUUGAUAUUCAGAUCAUUCUUUUUUUUUGGUAGAUUGUUAGUUUGAUCAAAAUAUGUAGAUUGAAACUGGGUUGGGUUCAUUUUUCUUUAUUUUUCCUCAAUUUUUUUUUGGCGGGAGAGAUUUUGAUUGUUUAGUAAUGAUGACGUCAUCAUCACCGCCACCGACGGGCGGUGGCAGCGAUGGAGGAGGAGGAGGGGGGAAUCAUAUAGAACACCAGGUUUCUAAAUUUGAUACCCUUCCUGGUGUAGCUAUCAGAUAUGGCGUUGAGGUAGCUGAUAUUAAGAGGUUGAAUGGGCUGGUUUCGGAUCUCCAGAUGUUUGCUCGAAAGACACUUCAAAUACCAUCACCUGGGAGGCAUCCACCAUCACCCGUUGUCUCAAAUGGUCAAGACCCCCAAGGACCAAGCAGCUCUGAGCAGACCCCUUCAAGCAAUCGAUAUGAUUUGUUUGGUUCAUUUCAAUCCCUGAAAUUGAAGUCUUCCCCGCAGCCAAGAGUUUCACCAGCCAUGAGCUCUUUAUUAGGUUAUCAGGGUACUAAACCGGCAGAUCAGAAAGUUGCAUCUGAAGGUUUUGAAAUGGCUGUCUAUCGGAAAGGAGUAUCACAUUAUUUAGAAGAUGGACCGUUUAUCAAGUCAACUCCUCCUCAUCAUCCUAAUCCACCAAUCGGUCUGCAUAGAAAAUGUAAAAGUGUAGCUAAUGAAUUGUCAGAGAAUGGAGUAGAUAGCACAGAAAAUGGACAUGAUAGAGUGUUCGAGAAAUUGGCGAGAAGGCGUCAGAAGUCUGAGGCUGAUUUCAGUUCCCGCACCCCAGAAGUGCUGUUGAAAGAAGAUAAUAACAGCAGUGGCGGGACCGGGUUUUCUGCUGCUGCUGGAAAGGGUUUGGCUUUGCGACCUAAGUCUGCUAGUCGAACUCUCUCUGGACCGGAUACCGAGGCAAGUUCAAUAAAUCCUAUCCCUAUCUUGUUGAACGAUUCUUUUCUGAACGAAAGCGCAAGUGUGAGGAAGUCAUCGAGUACACCGAGUUUGCAGGAAUCGGAGAGUGGCACAUUAUCUUCUCUGUGGCCAACAACAAAGUGGAAUUUGAAGCCGGAUUUUCAGGCAAUAUCUACUGCAGCAAUUACAAAACCAAUCUUCGAUAGCCUUCAAAAGCCAAUUGGUGCUCGAAAAAGCAAGACUGCUGUUGAUUAGCAAUUCUUUCUCCAUAUCUUGUUAGUCCUCCCUCUAACACAUAGUAGAACCUGAAAACUAGCUUUAGAAGUGAAACUCUAAAUGCCUUCUUAUUGCUAUAAUUUUAUCUUUUCCUUCAUUUCCUUUUUUGUAUUGCAAAAUUUUGGUUCAUGUGUACCAUUAGCAAAAGGUUAAGUUUAUUCUUGGAGUUGAAAAUUUGUAGCAGCACAGCAAAGAUUACUGUGUAGUAGAAAUUUUUGUUGCUUCAUGGACCUUCCAAAUCCUAUAUAUGUUAAUUACAUAUUUAGGUCUAUUUAUCUGUAAUUGGAGGAAAGAACAUUGGUUAUUUAUAUAAUAUUAGACAUUCUUUCUGCA